AUGGGCGACGAUCAUCUGCGACGAUGCGUGGUGGAGGAGCUACGCAAAGCUCACGGCGAACCUCUAUCGCCAGAUGACUUAUUUGAGCGGUGUGGUGGAGCAAAGGCGACUAAUCUCAACAUGGAAUCAUUCAUGGCGUUCGUUGGACAACAUUGCUCACGGGCUGUAAAAACCAUUCAAGAUGCGGGUGACGAGAACAGUCUUCCCAGAUAUGCUCUUCAUGUUGACUCUUCACGCAAGACCGGUACACUAAAGAGAAGAGGGACCAGGUCAAAUAGUCAGUCGAGCUCUCGUGGUGGAACACCAGACGUUGUCCGCUUCAAUCCUAGAACGGAUGGCUUUUUGGUCUUCUGUCACAUUGUACGAAAAUUGUCAUCAUGCUCUCAGGACAGAACCAUCAAUUGGAAUGUAAUCAGGAAUCAGUACAGAAAAGAAACAGGACGACAUCUCAAUGCAGAGGAGUUGAACUCCAUGUGCGGAACCAUCAAUAUGACAAAGCAUGAUCUCUUGAGUACCCAUCUGUCAUCGGUUGUGGAAAUAAUGGACAGCCGUGGUCAAAUUUUGAGACCAGCUUCUCCUUUCAACCCGAAAACUCCUAGUCAGACAUCAUCCAAUUCACGUUCAUCACAAGAUGAGCAGUUUUCACCCCCUCAUCGAGCAACAGUCGACGUAAAUAACGCGGAUGAAAGUCAGGGUAGUGCUCGACGCCAGCAUAUCGUGGAACAACUGAGGAAAAACGGUGUGCACGUGGACGAGAAUGGGCGCAUAGUUAUUCCCCAAGAGCUGAGUCCAACCAAUAGUCAAAACUCAGAACCAAGUGAGGAAGAAUUGAUGACUUCUUCCGAUGAUUCUCCUGAUCAACGUGUUACCCUGGAUUCUGGGAAUACGUCAUUUCUGUCUGUCGGGCAGGUCCUCGAGACAAGUGGCGAGGGAGCAUACUUGACGGGAGACGACGCCGUCCAGACUCCGGAAAGUGAUGUUUCACUUGAUUUCUCCAAUGAUCGUUCAGCCCGUGAAAGUUCUCCUGGUCGUACGCAUGAGAUCACGUUGUGCAAUAUCGAUGAAUCUAUAGUGUAUCAAGAAGAAGAGAACUCGAUACGUCAUGAUGAGGCCGAUAUAGUUGAAGUUGACGAGGAGCAAUAUGAUGACCAUGGUCAAGCAGCUGAUGUUGAUCGAAAGACUUCGAUCGGAACAGGGAGUCCUAUCAUUGAAGAAGAAGAUGAAGAAGUUGAAGAAAAUGGAUCUGAUUCCGAAAGUAAUUCCUCUCACAUGGAGUGCUCAGUUCUUGAAAGGCAUGACGAAGAUGCCAUGAGGGACAGUUCUGAUGAAGCAACAGCAGCUCCUGGCGAAACAGGUGCCAUCGAACAGUCAGAAAUCAAUCCUGAACCCUCUGUUUUUGUUCCAUAUUCGCCAAGCGUGAGCUCUGAACGCUCCGGUGCUUCGUAUUAUCUUCAGGAGAUGGAAAAGAAAAUCAUCCUGCCAAAUGCGCCCUCAGUUCAUGAUGAGAAAGGCAUUUUCGAGAAGAAAACGAUCGAUAGGGUGGAGAACUCUAUGGAAGGUCUGCAGCCUCCUGAAAAUAGUUACGAUUCCGAGAGGGUAUCGUCCGAGAGAAGGGAAACGGUGACAGUGCCUGUUGCUCCCAUAACUCCAGUGAAGGAAAGUAUAGCGUUUAAAGAAGAAAAUGAGAUGAAUGAGGAAGGUUUGCCUCUGAGCGACCCAGCUCUCCCCGAAGAGGAAGCAUCGAUGCACGUAAAAGAACAAGUUGAUAAAUUUGAGCAUCUACAGGACAAGCUGAACGAGUCAUCAGGUCACUUUUGCGAAAAAGAGCUCGUUGAAAACGUGCACGUGAUGGAGGUUGUUCACGAUUUGGAGAAAUCAGAUCAACAUGAAAAGAGCGAGGAAAAGCCCGCUCUGAGCUAUUUCUGUGAGGACGAGCUCGUGAAAAAAGUCAAUGUGAUAGAGACCGUUCUCAAUAUCGAGAAGUCAAAUGAAAGCAUGAACGAAUCAAUAUGCCGAGUUCAUGAGAUGGCAUCUGUAGAAAACGUGCAUGUGAUGAAGGCAAUACAUGAUCUGGAGAGUCCCAAACGUAUUGAUAAUGAGCAUGUGAAGGAGUCGUUAGACCACUUCCCGGAGCGUGAGCUCGUGGAACACGUCAGUGUGAAGGAUACUGUACAUAACCUAGAGAAACCCGCUUCUGAAUCACAGGCUGUCGUUGAUCAUCACGACGAGAAGCUGUUCCAAACGGAUGUUCAUGUUCACGAUACGGUACAUAGCCUUGAACAUGAAUAUGAUCCUUCCAUUCCUUUGUGUGACGAAUAUGUGAAGAUGGCGUCUCAUCGACAAGAUGCUGGAGAUGCUCCUACUGCAGAAUUUCUCAUUGAUGAGACUCCUGUGACGAGCGAACACGAAGUCGCUGAGGUGGAAUGCCACGUGAAUUUGUCGCGCCCAGAAGAAACAACCAGUAAGCUAGUGACCGUUGCUGUUGGAGAAACAGAAGUCAAGCAUGAAGCUGAAAAGGUGGAUCAAUCCUUCACUGCACGAAACACCCAAACUGUUGUCGUUGAAUUGAAUCCUUGCACGGAAAACAAGCCAAAAUUAACGGAGGGCGUCACGUGGGAGAAGGAGUUCGUUGUCGCCAGUGGAUCUGCAGCUCCUGAGAACCACAGGCCGUUAGAUUAUUCACUGGAUACUGUGAGUAGCGAGUUCGGUGCAGUGAAGAACAUGGAAAAGGAAGACAGUGAGGUCCCCAUCAUAACUACUGAACAAAUUGGAGAACUAGGAACAACUGAAGAACUUCCGUCUAUGCCUGUUCCGUUCCCUUCUGAUAAUAAUGCAAAGCACAAGCAUGUGACCAGGUCGGUAGGUCACGGCCAAUUGCUACUUCCACGUCGCCGUUUAAUGGACUGUUGCUCGAUCUUGUAA